AGAAUCCCCCCCCCCCCCCAGGGGUUCCCAGGAGCUGCUGGCCCCGGUGCACUCAACCGUCUCACCCACCGGGGCUGUAGCAGCCUUAAUAGCUGCUGUGUUACCAUCAUCAGGCAGCUUCUACCAUCAUCACCACCUUGAAGCUGCAGGGAACGUGGGGGCGGGUUAAAGAGAGAAGGAGGAGAAGAAGGAGGAGCUGCCGCUGUUAUUGCCGCCGCCGCCGCCGCCGCCGCCGCAGCCACCGUGGGGGCUGCGGGCAAAAGGAGGCGGUGGCGAAGUAGGGGCUUCCUAGUCUGAUAGCUGAGGCCGUUCGUAGUGCGGAGAAGAGCGUUAACUUGGGCUCCUCCUCUUCUUCCUCCUCCACCACUUCCUUCAGCUAGUCGCCGCUCCUCCUCCUGCUCCUCCUCCCACUUAGCUGCGGAGGCUCGGGUCCCCCGUCUCCCCCUUCACUGCCCCCCCCAGCUCCACCACCAGCACCACCGCCGCCGCUAGAACCCCCUACCAUCAUCGACGCCACCAUCGACGCCACUACCACCAAGCACCAUCGCUUCCCAUUCCCCACCCCCUCGCUCCCGCCCCCUGCUUUUUCUCCUCCUCUGGAGAGCAUUGGUGCGGGGCUGGCUACAGCUACGGCCUCACGGGCGGGAGCUAAGGGCAAUGGUCGUGGGUCCCUGGACGCAACGCGCUCGGCUCCAUGAAGCGGAAGAACGAGAGAAGAUCCUCGAGCUGGCUCAAGGUCUCCACCACCAGGAGCUCGCUGGACUUAUUGGGAGCCAAGAAGAGCAGAAACUCCACCUCAGAGGACCUGGUGGAUCUGGAGCAGGAGGACAUUUACUUGGACAUCACCGAUCGCCUUUGUUUUGCCAUUCUUUACCAGAAACCAAAGAGUGCUGCAAACAUACACUAUUUCUCCGUAGAUGACGAAUUUGAAUAUGAGAACUUCUUCGCAGAUUUUGGACCACUCAAUCUGGCAAUGGUUUACAGAUAUUGUUGCAAGAUAAAUAAGAAAUUAAAGUCCCUUACAAUGAUAAGGAAGAAAAUAAUUCAUUUUACGGGCCAUGAUCAGAGAAAACAAGCAAAUGCAGCUUUCCUCAUGGGGUGUUACAUAAUAAUAUAUUUGGAGAAAUCUCCAGAAGAUACCUACAGGAUGCUGUUGGUUGGAAAUAUAUCCUAUAUUCCUUUCAGGGAUGCUUCCUAUGGUAAUUGCACUUUCUACAUAACACUGCUCGACUGUUUUCAGGCAGUACAUAAGGCAAUGCAGUAUGGUUUCCUUAAUUUUGAAAAGUUUGACCUUGAUGAUUAUGAACAUUAUGAAAAAGCAGAAAAUGGAGAUUUAAACUGGAUAAUACCAGGGCGAUUUAUUGCCUUCUGUGGCCCUCACCCAAGAAGCCGACUUGAAAGUGGUUACCACUAUCAUACACCUGAAGCCUAUAUUCCGUAUUUUAAAAGGCACAAUGUUACCACCAUUGUCAGACUCAACAAAAAAGCAUAUGAUGCCAGGAGAUUUACAGAGGCUGGUUUUGACCAUCAUGAGCUUUUUUUCGCUGAUGGUAGUAUACCCAGUGAUGCCAUAGUAAAAGAAUUUCUGAACAUCUGCGAAAAUGCCGAUGGUGUUAUUGCAGUUCAUUGCAAAGCUGGCCUUGGAAGGACAGGCACCCUGAUAGCCUGCUAUAUCAUAAAGCAUUAUAGGAUGACAGUUCCUGAAACCAUUGCUUGGAUCAGAAUUUGUAGACCUGGCUCUGUGAUUGGACCUCAGCAACAUUUUUUGGUGUCGAAGCAGGCAAGCCUUUGGACAGAAGGAGACUAUUACCGUAAGAAGUUAAGGGACCAGGAAAAUGGAAAACAUGCAGCUGCAGUCACAAAAAUCCUAACAGGGGUCGAUGACAUUUCAAUAAGUGAAACCCAAUCCGAAGAAACUAAAGAUUCUGAAUCGUACAGUGAUGAUGAUGAUGAUGAUGAUGAAAUAAAUGGAAUGACACAAGGUGAUAAGCUACUUGCCCUGAAAAGUAGAAGACGGGCAAAAUCAGCUACUUCAAUUCCUCUCACAUGUAUCCUAGCUGUGCUGACCUCUGCACUAUGUAGUAUUGUCAUCUGGUGGAUUGUUUGUGACUGCAUUCUUCCCAUCCUGCUAUUCUGUCUAGAUGGUUUAAGAACCUAGUAACCAUCAGGACCUUUUGACAGAUAGCCACUGUUAGCCACUCCAUUCCAAGGACUAGAGCAGUCUUGCGUUAAGUUUAUAAAAUAAAAAAUGUGGCCGGAACUGAAGGAAUCUUCUAGAAAAAGGAAAACUAUAGGACCCAGCACAAUUUGUUUGAAAACCAAACAAAAAGCAAAAAAAAAAAAAAAAUCUUAGUUGCUUCCAGCUAAGAGACUUGGUCAAUGAAGAAAAUGUACACAAGAGUUCAAUUCGUUGAAUUUAUUCAUAUUAUGAGUUUUGAAGCCAGUGAUUUGAUGGAGAACUCAAAUCUCUGUGUGAAGAAAUAUUUGAAGUGGCAAACAAAAGUCAUGUAUUGUAAAUUUAGUCUCAGGUGUAAAUAUGAAGCCCUCUGUUGUCAAGAGGGUCCAAGAGUCUGUUGGUGCAUGUGUAUAAAUUGUGAUGGCAAUCAUUUUUAGCUCUUGGCCUCCAAAGAAAAGGAGAAUCCAAGGCAAGCUUCUGUAUAUUUUUCUGUUUGUCUUUGCUAUCUUCUAUUAAGAUGUAAAAGGAGAAACUGCUUUAUUGAAAGUGUAUUUUUUCUUGAUUUGCUAUAAUUUGAUUUAUUUCAUGGUAAUUAACCAAAUACCACCAAACUGCUUGGUUUCCACCAAAAAGUGUUUUACUAGUUAACUGUAUAUAAACACUGUUAUGUGUUUUGGUACAAAGUGAUUGUUUCAGAGAAUAUUUGAAAACUAGAGAAAGAAUAUGAUCAUUGUUUUAGAAGGUCAAGAAGGAAAACUGGUUUCAAAUAGUUCAAAUGCUGCAUAACUUCAUUUCUCAUUUUUAAGACCAUUUCGUAAGUACAUAAGUGCUCUGUGACUGGUCACUGUUUUGUUGCCCAGUAAUAUAGAAAACUUUUCUUAAAAAAAAAAAUACUGUGGCUUCUUUCCCUUUACAAAACAAAAAUUACCAAGUGAUUUAAAUUUUUCUUAAGGUACUGCUUUAAUUGAAUUCUGCUUUUCCUUUUUUUCCUUAUCUGAUCUCCUUAAUUUCAAACUAUGUAUUACUUGCAUCUAUGGAUUUCAGUUAUUAGUAAAUAUGGAGACUUCACUUAUUGCCUUUAUUUAGGGUAUACAAAAAUGUAACUCUUUGUAUAGUGCCUUCAAACUAACGAAGCAGAGUACAUUCUGUGAAUAUUAAAUGACAAAAAUUUACAAAAAUUUAAUUUAAAACUUGAUGUAUCUUAUAGCUGUGGGGGCCCAAUGGCAAAGAAUAUUUGAGUAUCCUGAAUUCACAUAUAUUUCUUUUCUACAUGCACAUGAAAUGAAGUGUACAAUUGUUACUUCACUAGACCAGUUUCAGGCAAUCUAGUUUGAGAAGUUGGACCAUUGAAAUCUUGUAGAGAAUGGAUACUUUUAUAAUAUAAUACAAAUGCAUAGAAUAAAUGUUAGCCAUGUUUAUUUUUAUAUCUAAUUUAUUUUUAAGAGCUGUUGUUAAAAGAAAAAAAAAAGGCCCUAUUAGGCCUGAAGGAUGAUUGUAAUUAUAGCCUGUAAAUGCAAAAAACGAACAACAACAACAACAACAAAAAAAAAAAACUUUAGAGCAGUGGUUUCAUUUGGGGGGCAAGAGGUUAAUUCUCUCAUAUAAUUCUCAUAUAACACUGAUAAUGUUGAUAGCUGACAUAGGUUCUUGCAGUUUAGCACAAAAUAAUCCUAAAGAUUUGAGGGUAGUACUAGAAACUGUGGCUGCUAGGACUUUGGCUAUUAGAAUCAUUUCCCCUUGUGCCUUUAGAGGCUCCUCCUCUGUAGGCCACAUAGGGGGAAAAACUUUUCUGCUGUAUUAUGGUGGGGGGAGAGGAGGGGAAAGGGGAGAAGCACACAAUUAUAAAAAACAAAUAUAAAACUAAGCCUCCAAUUCUCAGGCCUGUUUUUUUUAUUCUUUCAUUUCUUUAAAGACUUUCCUCUAUUAAUAAUCAUAUAUAUAUAAUCAAACUAAAAUCUAAAACAUAGUUUCCAUAUUCAGCUUAUUGGCCUUUUAAAACAAAAUGGGAAAAUCUCUUACUCUCCAUCAUUCCAAAAUGAGCAACUUGUUUCCAAGACUAGUUAAGACAAUUCUUUUUUCCUUUUUUGGCAAAUCUUGGCUAAAAUGUUUGUUUCUACCAUAAAUUUCAGCCUCCAAAUUGCCAUCACAUGAUGAGUCCCUCAACUCAGCCUUUCUUGAAAUUCUAACCAUUUUAAAUGUCAGGAAGGAUUUUUCUCCCUCAUAUUUUAGGUUCAUCUGCUUUGUUCAUACCAGAAUUAGUCAUAGGAAGUCUGAGUUUGGUUAAAAAGAAUUUCUUUGUUGGCCCGCCCUCAGUGACUUGAGCUGGUAUGUGCCAAACAAAACAGCCGACAGAGCGUGUGGGUGGGAGUGGAGGGAGGACGACAUAUUUUGGGAUUAAGAAGCAUCUGGGUAUGGCUGCUGGAAAGAUUCCUGUUGUUAGAAGUCAGUUUGUUCUUGUUUUUUUGCUUUUUGAUCUCCAAAAAUAUAACCAAAUUGUUCUUCUAAGGUUUCUUACUCUUAAGCCCAUUUUGUAGCAGCAUUACUUAAACUCUUUGUCAGAUAAAAUUUCCUAAUCAAAGGAUACCCAGUGCCAUAAAAAAGUGGAUAGAAAACUAGCCACAGAAAUAGGAUCUGGAUUCAAGUCCAAUUUUUAUUAUGUACUUAUUCUGAGUAAAUUUAUUAACUUAUUGAUGUUUUAAUAUUGGCUUUUCAAAAAGAACCUAAAUUGAAGUGAAUGUGCUACUUUGUAUUGGUUAAGGAAAUUCCCCAUGUGUUGCUCUUGUAACCAUGAUGAAAUUCAGUAACAUCUCUCCUACCUCCACCCUCCCCAAAAAAAACAAACCAAAAAGUACAUUCAACAUUACUAGAUUUGUCUUGGCCACUCUGUAUUAUUUCAUGAUUAAACAAGUUAAAAUAUUUUUAGUACAUCUUUAAUCUCUUUGGGACUGAGAUAGUGAAAUUUAAAAGAAAUUUUCAAAAAUAGAAAUGUAUAUCUGAUUUAUUUUGACUAUGAAAGUAACUUUCAUUAUCUCUUCCUUUUCUCAAAAAAACAAAACAAACAAAAAAAAAAAAAAAACCCACCAAAUCAAUGAAGUGUUAAAAAUCUGCCUAUAGGAAAGUGAAGAAAAGUUUAAAAAACAAAC